UUUUUAUUUGUGAAGCACUGUCUAACCCUGUUGAGGGGUGCUACAUAAAUAAAGAUUACCAUUAUUAUUAUUACUACAUUAUCAACUGUCGUGCCUGAUCUGACGAGCAUGUUGUGUGACAGCCUUAGCUUGUCCCUGUUUGGUCUUGAGAUUAUGAGACGUAUUGUCCGCCAAACUCACAAAUCCUGCAGUGAAAUGCUGCACCAACGAACACACUCCAUCCUCACCACGAUCUUGGGUUCUGUGUUGUCUCCAGUUGGAAGCCUGCCUCUCCAGGGUGCAGCCAUGUUCACCUCCUAUACAGUUUGUCAGCAUCAGUCAUGGACUAGUGUUGCUGUGGGUCAUGUUUUUGUCUCUCUCCCACUCAGCAUGACCACGUUACUCCUCUGUAAAAGGAUUUUUUGUUUUGGCUGAAUCAUCUCUUCAAGGGCAUGAUGUAACGGCCUCAAGUAGGAAGGCCACGUGGCCAAAAGGCUCACCUGUGUUUGCGGUGACCAGCUGUCACUCUCUGUCUAAAUCCCAUCUUCAUUACACACCAUUCUAGAGAGGGAACUUCUUCAGCCUCGUCUGGUGGUUAACGAUGAAUCCUCAUGACCUAUACAGCUCUGGGUGCGAGGAAGAAUUGCAUAAGCAGCAUGGGGAAGACGUGGGAGCGUGAAGGCAGGAAGCAACACCGAGAUGUGAAAAUGGACAGGUGACGCCUCCACAGAUUCAGCGUGAAGCAGGGCGACAGAAACGCUGCCAUGAAGACAGAAUGAAUAGAAAGAGGAGGACAGAGGGAGUGAGCGAGGGCAGAGACACAGAGACAGAAGAUAUACUUGACCAUGUGGGUGUGAGAAGUAUCAAGGCAAGCAUCACAAUUGUGGAUUCUUCUCAGAGCAGCCGGACGCGUUACUGGAGCAGCAGGACAUCACUGGUCUCUCUAAGUGUGUUAUUUUCUACUCCAAAACAGGGGGAGUCGGGAGCACAAAGGGCUUCAUAAGAGACAUUUCCAAAGGCAAAAUGGACUCUGUUUUGUUUCGGCUCUCCGAGGAAUUCGUCAGCUGUAUUCACAACAGUACUUUAACAACUUGAAGUGGUGAUGAAGACUGGACAAUUACCAUGCCUCUCAUGAUGCCUCUCUCCUAAUAACCAAAGAAUCAAGUUAAAAGAAUCUGUGUGAGAUGGCCGUGACUCCUGUAAUCAUCUGCCUCCUGUCACUGAUUGGCAGUGGUUUAUCGCAUCCUUCUCCUCCUCCUCGGGGAUGCGGCGUGGAUGUGGACCCUCCGUACAGAGUGCUGUGUGACCUGGAGUCGGUCUGGGGUGUGGUUCUGGAGGCCGUGGCUUGCAGUGGUGGUGUCACCUCUCUGGUACUCGUCGGGCUCCUGCUCGCCAAGCUUCGCUCCAUGUCUGACCCCGCCAGGCGCUCCAGCGUAGGCCCUCUUCUCCUGCUCCUUGGCACGCUCCUCGGCCUUUUCUCUGUUUCUUUGGCUUUCCUGGUAGGGAAGACCCAGGCACUCUGUGUGGUCCGCAGGGCCUUCUGGGGGCCCCUCUUUGCCCUCUGCUUCUCCAGCUUGCUAGUGCAGGGUGUGAGGCUCAGGAGGCUGGUGGCUGGUAAGACAAGCCCAUCAGGCAGCUCUCUGGCUGCACUUGGCCUGGCCUUGGCCUUGGUUCAGGGCAUCAUCUCUGCUGAAUGGGUCCUGCUGACUGUGGUCAGGGAGGGUCACCCAGCCUGUGAAUAUCCACCUUUGGACUUUGCUCUGACUUGCAGCUACACCCUUGGGCUCCUCCUCAUAGCCAUGGGGCUCUCCCUGGGCGUGGUGCUCUGUGGAGGAGAAUUGGUGGCACAAGGAGGUGAGGAAGACAGAGAAGGAGAAAGUGAAAAACGGAAAUGGAAGUGCAAUGCCGUCUGGCUCUUCCUGUCCAGUCUGGCAUCAGCGCUGCUGUGGGUGGCCUGGCUUGGCUUUUAUCUGUAUGGCAGCCAAAUGAUGAAGGUAAAGGGGAAAGGAGAAAGGUUAGGAGGAGAAGGGAAGAAGGAUCUUAAAGUCUUGGAUGAGCCUGCGCUGGCGGUGGCCUUGGUUAUUCAGGGCUGGAUUCUGCUGCUGUUCCAUGCUAUUCCCGAGACGCACCUAUGCCUUCGAAAUGCUCCACAGUCCAACAAUGCACAAGAUUUCUUCAACUCGAGCCACACGUCACCUGCAGCACCUUUUGGAGAGGAGCUACCUGCACAUGCUCACCGACCCUUCCCUGAAAAUCAAACCUUUUCUAUGGAGGAUCACAGUGCAACUCUUCGGAGCGGAACGUACCACAGCAGCCACGGGAGCAUGCGUCCAGGCAUCGCAUUCAGAGGUCACGUCUACCAACCCACUGAGAUGGCUCUGGUCAUGAACGGUGGCACAAUGCCCACAGCCCCAAUUAACUACACCGGACGCCGGUUAUGGUAAAAUGGGACUAGACUUCAAGAGGUUACAUUUGUGAUAAAAAAGGAAUUUUAUGUUUUCUAACACAGAGACAGAAAUGUUACAAUCAGAGAAAUCCCUCUGACGGGAUUUGACCGGAGUUUAAAUAUGUUCAGUGUGUUUGCGUUUCUGCACAAGUGUUUGACUUUGACAUUUUAAAAAACAGUAUGUAAUAGUAUUUUUUGCUGACAUUUCUUAAAUGCCUCUUUAUCAACAGACUGGACAUGAAAUCACAAGCGAGGGAAGAGAAGGCGAUGCAGCUUCCACAUUUUGACAGCCUUUAGGGAUUUUAAUGUGUGUAAAUACGCUGGUAACAAGUGUACAAGGAGAGCUACUGACGUUAUAUAUAAAGCACAGAGCAGAUGCCAGUGUGUCAGUGCGACAGAAUCUACAUGUAAGGAUGAUUUCAUUGUUCUGAAGCAGCAGUAUAUCAAUGCUGCCUGAUCACCAUCACUGAUGUUUGUUCUGUGAAAACUCAACUCCCUCCACUUUCUGUUUAAUAUCAAUACACAAGUGAACCCUUUGGCUGUUUAUGUAAAUUAUACACCCACAACGCUUGCUUGGCAUCGUUUUUUUUCUGGCUAAAAAAGCCCCAAAGGACUUCAAUGGUGGUGUUUUUCUCUCCACAUCUCAUUUCAUUAUCAAUACUGCUGCAGUGCUUGGCAGAUUCUACCGUGUGUUUUGAUAAAUGCUGUGUAUUUGACAGAGCUCGUGUACAUUUAAAGGGAGAGCAACAAGUUUAAGGGACAACCAGUUUUUAAUAAGCGUGUGAUUAUAAAAAGCCAUGAAAUACAAUAGCGUCUCUGCAGUAUGUGGUCGACUGUUGGGGAUUGUGAUUUUGCACUUUAUGAUCGCUGAUCUUCUCUGGACAUUGUGAUAUUUGGGGUUUAAAAGUGCAGUGUGUAAGAAUUACCGACAUCAAAUGGUUCUUUAGUUGGUCGUCAUUUGAGCAGUGAGCUUCCGCUUCACAAUGCAAAACGCACACUCUGGCUGGUUUAAAGCAAGAGUGCAUAUAAAAGGCGUAUUCGAAUGCUACAAAAACAAAAUAAACUCAUUAAUAUACACUUAUAUCAAGAUACUUAUGGGCAGUAUAUUACAUGUCUGCCAAUAAACCCCGCCACAUUACACACUGGAUCUUUAAGGUGCAUGUACAAGUGCAGUGUAAAGGCAAUAUCUUUUGUCAAAAUAUGAAUGUUUUUUAAGUGUUUUAUAGAAUUUUGAUACUCAUAUUGAAGGAAAUUAACAUUUUCAAAGCUGAUUCUUGACACUGGAAACAACAGUUGACAAAACAAUCUUGCGACCCCGGCAGAUGGCAAUUUUGAAUUGACCACAUUUACUGGUCGUUUCCAGGUUCGUCCUUUUAAUUUGAGGGUUUAAUAUAAUUUGUAUGUGGAGUAAUCACAGUGGCAUGAUGAGUCGUAAGCACCACUAUAGAAAUGCUAAUGGUGGUGUUGGACUUUCCGCACCAGCUCGAGCCAAACCUGCGGGUAGACGGCGUGUUACUUGUUACAAGAUGUUUGUAGCUCCUCAGGUUUAUUUUGAGAAAGAAAGUCUUCCUUUUUUCCACAGACUUCAGCUUUGAUAUUUAAGAAACUAAAGCAAAGUAAAUUUAAACUUAUAAGCUUAAUAAUAGCACUCCAAGCAUCUACAGUUCCGUGAGAAUUGGGCAAAUCCCAUCCACAGGGGAAGGUCAUGAAACACGACAUGUCGGCUGGGUAACAUGAUUUAAUAUGGUGAGUUGUUUUGUCAACCAGUUUCAGAGUGUUUUCGUUCAUAUUUCAUUGGUCCUAUCUCAUGUGUUCUGGGAUUCAGUUUCUGCUCCAUUUAAAAAAGCUCAAUUGAACACAGAGACAACACGACAUGACAUUACUGUGACUUAAACUGGUAACAUUUCAUGUGUACUGUUUUUAUUAUGAACCUGCAAAGUUGCUGUCGUUAAACAUCCCUUAUAUUACUAAAUAUCUAAGCUGUUGACAUCCUUGUGUACUGUAUGUGUACAGGUGUGUGCUCUGAUAUUGUACGAUUAAAAAAAAGAUAUUUUAGUCACAUAGUUUUUAUGUGAUCAGAUUUUACUCAUGUAAAUGUGAAGAAGCACUCGCGUUUUCUUUUUUGAGAGGUUCGUUAUGAUGAAGCACUGUCACUGUUUUAUGGCAGCGUAACAUGAAUGUCUGUGAUGUGAUUUGCACAAAGUGGUUAAUACAUCAGUGCACAAGUCA